AUGGAUCUGUGCGGAGACGACGGCACCAACCGAACUGUACUCCGUUGGAUCAAGCGCUGGGAUCCCAUUGUCUUCCCAGGAUCGGCUAGGUCAAAGUCCACCUUGGUGAAGCGGCCAGGCUCCAAGCUGCAAGCAGAAGAGGAGAAGCCUCACCGAAAGAUCCUCCUUCUAACGGGCCCGCCUGGUCUGGGCAAGACCACCCUCGCGCACGUCUGUGCAAGACAAGCCGGGUACGAGGUCCUAGAGAUUAACGCGAGUGAUGAUCGCAGUCGGGACGUUGUCAAAAACCGCAUCCGCACAAGUCUGGGCACUGAAAACGUCAAGAAUGUGACGAAUCGUACAGAUAACGAGGGCAACAUCAAGGUGGCCAAGCCGGUCUGCGUCGUCGUGGACGAAGUGGAUGGCGUCGUGUCGGGCUCUGGGGGUUCUGGCGAGGGUGGCUUUAUCAAGGCAUUGAUUGACCUUGUUCUGAUAGACCAAAAGAACAGCGCACCUGGUGCCAGCUCAUACGAAAGCUCGCGGAAGAAGAAAAAGGGCGAUGACUUUCGUCUGAUGCGGCCUCUGGUUCUCAUCUGUAAUGAUGUCUACCACCCGUCCCUUCGGCCACUGCGGCAAUCCAAUCUUGCGGAAAUCAUCCACGUUGGACGCCCAUCGAUUGACGCUGUAGUGCACAGACUCAAGGCGGUGUUUGAGAAGGAAGGCGUUACCUGCGAUAUGGACGCCUCUAGAAAGCUGUGUGAAGCGGCCUGGGGCAUGACCAGUAGCAUUGAUGCGAAGCGCGGAGCUGAGAGCACUGUUGAAGGUGACUUGCGUGGCGUGAUGGUCGUUGGCGAGUGGGUGGCAGCGAGGUUCCGAUCCACCCUGUUGGCUGGAUCAACCCAGCGCCUCACGAGACAAUGGAUCGAAUCGCACAUUCUCAAUGACCUCACCAGCGGUGCCGCUGGGGCUCGAGGCAUUGGGCGUGGAAACGUCAAGGAUAUCGUGAGCCGCCUGUUUCAAGAGGGUGGCGGCUUCCCCAAGCCGCCCAUGUCCCUCUCGAUAUCCAAAAACACACAGCAUGAACAGCCCAAGAUGGAGCUGGGAUUCAACGAGCAGAUCAAGAAGCACGCCAUGGACCGUCUUAGGCAGAUGGUUGAGACGAGCGGCGAGAUCAGCUACGUCAUGACGGAGAUUAUGUCCGAGUACCCCAGCCGCGAGUACAACGACGAUAUGUAUCUCACCAAACCCAAUCAGGCGUACGAGUGGCUAUUCUUCCACGACGCCUGCCAGUCGCGGCUCUUUACAAGCCAGGAGUGGGAGCUGGCGCCGUACCUGUCACAGCCAGUCCUCGCGUGCCACCACCUUUUUGCGUCGCCGCGACGCCACCACCACAACGGCAACGCCCGCGGCCGCUGGGGUGAGGAGGAUGCCGGUGCUCCGCCGGUGCCGUUCUCGGGUCCGCGUGCCGACUACCAGGCCAACGAGGCCGAGAAGCACAACCGUGCUGCGCUGCAGGCCAUGCAGGGGAGGCUGCCGCCGUCGCUGAUGCGCUCGUUCCGCAGCCCCGAGGACAUGGCCACCGACCUGCUGCCGUACCUGGCGCGCAUGGUUGCGCCUGAUGUGAAGCCGGUGCUUGUUGGCGGGCGCGACGGCGGCGCCACCGCCAGCGUGCGUCGCGAGGGUGAGCGCCUGAUGGUGCGCCGCGCCGCCGAGGUCCUGGCCGAGAUUGGCAUCGACCUGCUCAAAGGCAAGAUUGAAGGUGAUUCCCAGUCGAGUCGCGCGCCGCAAUGGGUCUACCGUAUGGAGCCUGACAUUGACGCCCUUGCCAGCUUCGAGACGGGCGUCGCCCUACUCUCCGGGCAGGCGCCUACGCGCUACGCCGUCCGCCAGGUCCUCGAUCAGGAGCUCCGGCGUACCCUCGCGCAGCGCGAGAACCGUGCCCGGCAGGCACGGUACCAAGCCGGCGGCGGCGAUUCGUCCGUCGCGGCGGCAGCAGCAGCAGAGACGGCUGCGCGCCUGCACCCGCACGACGAUAAGGAAAACGAGGGCGGCUACGGCGAUAAGCAGCAGGGGGUGGCGGUGAAGAGGGACUUUUUCGGGCGCGUUGUCCAGGUCCUCCCUCUGACGCAGCCCGGCGGCCGUAGCAGCACGGCGCCAGUGAGCGGCAAGAAGCGCAAGGUCUGGGUGACGUACCAUGAAGGUCUGAACAACGCGGUGCGAAAGCCCAUCUCUCUGGCCGAAUUUCUGAAACCGCUGUGA